AGGCUUAUUGUGGAGCUGAAGUCAGAACAGUACUUAUACUGCAUUUUGGAUGAAAGUCAGAAGGAGCUGUGCAAAGCAAAUACCAUGAGAAGCAGCCUGCCCACAUUUUCUCUCUUGGGCAAGCUGGCAGAUGCCAUCCCAGGCUUUGCUGAAAUACUGGUGGUAAAGCACAAUAAUUUAGUGGAUCAUCUGCUGAUGGGCUUGAUAUACCCAAAUGAAAGUAUAAAAGCUGCUGUCUGCUACUUGUAUGGCAAGCUGUACUCCUCUCCUGCUGGCACAGAACGUCUCUCAGGACACUUUGAAGAAAGGCUGUGUGGUGUCUUCUUGAAUACUCUGGGGAGUGCCCAGACAAAGGAGCUGCAGGUUAAUUGUUUGGGCUUGCUAAAGGAGCUGCUGAAGUCUGACCAUUUUGUAUCUAUUCUUAUGAAUAAUGCAAAGACAGAGGAGGAGACUGAGAACCCUAACUUUUUAGAAGGGGAAAAUCCACUGCCACUUGUUCUCAAAAAGCUCUUGUUAACCAGAGAUGAGAUGUUACAGGCAGCGAGUUCUCACUGUAUGGCUGCAGUGCUGGUUCACUCUCCUAGCAGAUAUGCUCCUGCUUUUAUCCAUGCAGAUGUCCCAGAGUUUCUCUUUGAGUGUCUCUUGUGCAAAAGUGAAAUCCUCAUCUGGUCAGUGUACUGCUGCCUACUCCUCCUGACUGAAGAGCGCCUUUUCUUCUCCAAGUGUCACACUGUGUAUGGCAUUGAAUCUCUGGUGAGGAGUCUCCAAGAUGUCCUGCUGCUGAACAAUGUGGAGUUGCACAAACAAGGGCUCCUGCUCUUCACUGAAAUACUGAAACGGCAACCAGUGGAAAUCAAAUUGUUCACCAACCGAGGUGUCUGCAUAGAAGCCAUUGAUGUUUUGAUGGAGACAGUGAACUGCCCAGUGCUGGAGGUGGCAGUGGAGGCUGUGAAAGCUGUGGCUGCUUUCCUGAGGAAGGACCAUCUGAGCUCCCCUCCAGUCCCAUAUGAAGAACUGCAGAAGCUUCUGGAGGCGGUGCUGAAGCGAUGUGCUGACCUUUCCCUACCACAGAGUAGUAAGAGGCAUGCAGGUGAUGUCCUGUUCUCAAUGUCUCAGAGUCACUCAGCAAACAGAAAUCUUGGGAGAGUUCCUCAGAGACAGGGUCAGUUCUUGCUCAAUACCCUGGAAAGUUUCAGAAAUGCUUGCAGGUUAGCAGUGGAAUUCCAGGGUGACUUCAUGGCCCGGGAGAAUGCUUUCACUGCCCCCAACUCUGAGAGCAAAGACACACUAAGCAACUUCUCUGAGUUCCUGUUGAGGAUUUGUGACAGUCUCUGCAUCCCCAUGGUCAUGGUAGGAUUUCUUUUGAACUUGGUCUGUUCCGUGGGUACUGAUGAGGCUGCCCAGUCAGCAUGGGCAGUAUUGAGCAUUGUUCCUCGGUAA